UUUGCGUGUGUGUGUGCCCACGUCAAUGAACUGACCAUUAGGAUAACCACAAAGCAUAGUUCCCCCGGUGCUAUGAAGGCGUGGACUCCCAUUUGAAUCGUGAAAAGUGAAAAAUAAUGUGGCCUUUGACUCGCGACUGGAAGAGUGACUGUUGCUGUGCCCCGUGGACCUGCUGCUGCUGCUGCUGCUGUGGCAGUGUGCGGUGCCUGUGGAGUGUGGUGCUUGGUGGAGGCGCAGAGCGAGGGAGGGGCGCGGCGCUGCUCUCCCGGGUAGAAAGCUGCUGAAGGAGAUGCCAUGCGCAGCCAGCCACCCCACCUCUCUCUCUCUCUCUCUCUCUCUCUCUCUCUCUCUCUCUCUCUCUCUCUCUCUCUCUCUCUCUCUCUCUCUCCUAUACGCAUAUUCCUCUCCCAGACCUUCAUCUCCUCCCCCUCCUCCCCUCCUCCAUUGCUCCAUCCACACUCCCUCCACUAGCCUCCACCGACCACCAGGAGGGAACAUGAGUCGUCCAGGUCGUCUUAACAAGGCGCUGAGUUGACGUGAGUGGGCAGAGGAAGAAGAAGUAGAAGAAGAGGAAGAGGAAGAAGAGGAAGAGGAGGAGAGGGAAGGAAGAUCUGAGCUGCGGAUAAGCCCUGAGUGACUGUUGCUGCCCCGCGGACCUGCUGCUGCUGCUGCUGCUGCUGCUGCUGCUGCUGCCGUGCCAGCGUGCGGUGCCUGUGGAGUGUGGUGCAUAGUGGAGGCGCAGAGUGAGGGAGGGGCGCGGCGCUGCUCUCCCGGGAAGAAAUCUGAUGAUGGAGAUGCUGUGCAGCCAGCCAGCCCACCUUCCACGUGCUCAACCACCUGGCCCGCCCCCUGCCCCUGCCGCCCUAAGCCACCCACGGCGGAGUAAUGCAUACUUUCUCUCUCUCUCUCUCUCUCUCUCUCUCUCUCUCUCUCUCUCUCUCUCUCUCUCUCUCUCUCUCUCACACACACACACACACACACACACACACACACACACACACACACACACACACACACACACACACACACACACACACACACACACUCUCUCUCUCUCUCUCUCUCUCUCUCUCUCUCUCUCUCUCUCUCUCUCUCUCUCUCUCUCUCUCACACACACACACUCUCUCUCUCUCUCUCUCUCUCUCUCUCUCUCUCUCUCUCUCUCUCUCUCUCUCUCUCUCUCUCUCUCUCUCUCUCUCUCUCUCUCUCUCUCUCUCUCUCUCUCUCUCUCUCUCUCUCUCUCUCUCUCUCUCUCUCUCUCUCUCACACACACACACACACACACACACACACACACACACACACACACACACACACUCUCUCUCUCUCUCUCUCUCUCUCUCUCUCUCUCUCUCUCUCUCUCUCUCUCUCUCUCUCUCUCUCUCUCUGUCUCUCUCACAGGCACACACACACACACACACACACACACACACACACACACACACACACACACACACUCACACACACACACACACUCACACACACACACACACUCUCUCUCUCUCUCUCUCUCUCUCUCUCUCUCUCUCUCUCUCUCUCUCUCUCUCUCUCUCUCUCUCUCUCUCUCUCUCUCUCUCUCUCACACACACACACACACACACACACACACACACACACACACACACACACACACACACACACACACACACACACACACACACACACACUCUCUCUCUCUCUCUCUCUCUCUCUCUCUCUCUCUCUCUCUCUCUCUCUCUCUCUCUCUCUCUCUCUCUCUCUCUCUCUCUCUCUCUCGCUAUUUCUUAUCAUUAACGUGUUUGUCUAUUGUUGCAGAUUGUGUUGCGUGCAGUGUUACCAGAAGUAGAGUGCAGGGAGUGGCCAGCCGCUAGCCAGACUCAGAGUCAGGUCAGGUGAAGCAGUUAGUCUGGCCUUGACUCUCGCUUAGCACAGCCGCGGCCGCACACCACAGCAAACCCAAGGCUGUGGUCUGUUUGCCUGCGUGACCUUGACGUAUAGAACACUACAGGAGUUUUGCGUGUGUGUCAGUGUUGCCAGCCAAGACCACCAGUGUUACCAGAUGAAAGGGGAGAUGGGUAGAGGGAGGCGCUAAGUGGAUGAAAGCCUCCACCUUCUUUCCCUGUUGCUCCGCCAUCCACGCCCGCCCUCCCACGGCUCUCCACUGACCACCAGGAGGGAACACGAGUCGUCCAGGUCGUCUUAAAAAGGUGUGGAGUGUUGCCGCAGGUGUGGACUGCCGGCGACCUGCGUGACAAAGGAAGGUUUGGAACAAAACAAGAAGCAAGAACAAUUAAGAUGAACACUAGCCACACCACAGAACUGUUACUGCUGGCACCACCACCAUCACCACCACCACCACCACCCUGCCAAGUGGACACCCCAGUGUGAGCGGAGCCAUCAACACCAGCCUGAGGACUAAUUGCUUAUGUACCAGAGGAGUGU